AUGCAUGAGCCAGCGGUAGACGAACGCCUCGCCCUGACUCCUGGUGUCCUAAGUCGGGGCGUCCAAAGUCCUGGAGGCCUAGGUUAUGGCGCCCUAAGCCCAGGCGGUUUCGAGUUGUACCCGCGAGCGCUGCUUCCCGACGACAAGUUGCUCUCCCUGUUCGUGCCCACACACGAGCGCGACUUGGCGAGGCUCGGCGGCCGUCUGAGUACCGCCCUGAUAUGCACCGACCUGGAGGAGGACUAUGAGGCGUGGCCGACACCGGAACGCUACGUACAGCGGCCGCAACUCGGCCUGGGUGAAGAGCCUGGACUCAAUGCACUUGCUCAAAAUGAAGACGGCCUGGAUGCAUUUGGUCAGGGCACAUUUGGUCAAGAUGCGUUUGGUCAAGAUGGUCAGGAUGCAUACGGUCAAGAUGACAGUGGCGGCGACGAACCACUGGGGGAAUCGCUGGGGGGACCGGUAGGUGAACCACUGGGGGACCCAGUAGGGAAGCCAAUGGGGAAGCAAGUGAGGUGCAGCAAGUCGUCGUUGGCGGAUUCGUUAUUGGCGGAUACGUCUACCUGUGCCUCAUCGGACGAAUGCUCACGGAUGCAGGCCAAGUCGGACCCUGUUGUUUCAGACGUCCGGGACUCGGUCCGGGACUCGGUCCGGGACUCGGUCCGGGACUUGGUGCCGGUCGGGGAGGUCUUUGAGGAGGCUCAGGAAAGUUUUGAGACGUCUGUGGCUGCGGCGGUGGUGGUUGGCAAGCACGCACUCCGAGUGCUGGAUUCGCCGCCUAGUGCUGGGUUGGGCCGGCGUUGCGUUCUGUGGCGAAGUGACGGGGAGGCGGCGGUGCCUACCCCGAAGUUAUUGGAAAAGUCAAGUGGGUGGUUUGCCCCGAAUUACCCCUUGUCGAGAUGGGUGUUGUUCCUGACGGACAGUUUGUUCGGCAACCUUGUGAUUGUGGUCGGCUCCUGGGUGCACUCGCUAGCUCUGCCCCAGCCGGUCAGCAUUGUGCACGCACCGCGGCUGCUCAUGUACUUGCUGAUGGGUAUCUGGCGCGUUGUGGCACUUUAUAUUGGACUCAACGGUCUGGAAAGCUCGGCCAUGGUGCAGCCCUUUAUGGUCAAAUGGGAACGCGCUAUUCACCGAGGCUUGGACUACAAACCCGGCGGCAGGUUCGACUCGAGCGACCACAUAGUGUUGUCUGCCUAUUUGAUUCUCGUGAUCGUUACUGAAGGCGUCUGCAUGUGGACUUUUCGGAACCAGCGUCACGAAAAAAAGGACAAAAUAGACAACCCAUUUAAGCUCCGUAGACGAGGCCUAUUCGUUGUUACUGGACUCAUGGGAAUGAUCCUGGCAUUACUCCUGUACAACUGCUUCAUGACCGCAGCCUUCUUCCAUACACCACUUGAGGUGUGGUCGUCCAUUUUCAUCGCAAUCACUGGAUUGUUCUUGCCCUUUUGGCUCGCAAUCGCCUUCGACGUUUUUUCAACGACCCGUUUUUGCUUUGCCAUGUAA